GUGGCUGGACGGUAGUUCCGGAAUGAAGCGGGCGCCUGAUUGGUGUAGCGUGUGGAGGCGGGAUGUUUGGAAUCGGGCAGUUUGAAGGGAGGAGACAGCUGGCGGCAGGAGAAGCGCGGAGUUGCCUUGGUAGCAGAAUUGGAAGCUGAGGGACAGCUGGCAAUUGGUGAUCUUUGAAAAAGGGUGUAAAAUAUGGACUUUUCACCUCCACAUGGCUUGCGAGGAGGAAGGUACAGGUCACCUUCCCUGCAAGAUACCACCAUAAGUUCCAGCCACACCCAGAAGAACGGAGGGGACUCCACUCCACUGCCUCCAAUCAACGAGCGCCUGGCAUUCCUGCGCCCAUCCAGAGAGCUGUUAGAGUAUUACCGCAAGAAGAUCGCUGAGUUUGACGAGGAACAUGAGGAUCUAGUAAAGCGACUGGAGCAAUACAAAGCUACCUAUGAGGAGCAGCACAAGCUGCAGUGGGAGAUGCGUCAGCGCGAGGAAGAGAUUGCAGAACUGCAGAAGGCACUGAGCGACAUGCAGGUUUAUCUAUUCCAGGAACGUGAGCAUGUACUGCGCCUGUACUCAGAGAAUGAUAGGCUGAAAAUCAGAGAGUUGGAGGAUAGGAAGAAGAUCCAGAAGCUUCUGGCUUUAGUUGGGACCAGCGAGGGUGACAUUACUUACUUCCACAAGGAGCCUCCAAGCAAGGUCACCAUACCCCAACGCACUGUUCAGUCUGGGGAUCCGUAUGACCGGAAAGUGCAGCGUUCAGGCCGGGCAGGUGUAAAACAGGUGCCCCUGAAAGCACCUGGGAAGCAAGACAGAACCAAAGCAGCUGAGAAGGAGGACCCCCAGAUUCUUUUGCUUCAGGUGGAGGCGCUGCAGGCCCAGUUGGAAGAGCAGACACGACUAUCCAAAGAGCAGAUAGAGACUCUGUUGGAGGACCGGAAGGUUCGUAUGGAAGAAGCUCAGGUGCAGCACCAGAGAGACCAGGACAAAAUGAAAGCAAUGACUGAUAAAUUAAACAAGACCCAGAAGCUGCUGUAUGAGAGCACCAGGGAUUUCCUGCAGCUGAAAUUUGAGUGCCGGGCCAAUGAGAAAUCUUGGAUGGCCGAGAAGGAUCGGCUGCUCCGAGAGCUAGACCGCUGCCGAGAGCAGCUGGCGUUCAGUAUAGACCCGGAGCAAGAGCGGGAACACGAGCGAGAACACGAGCGUGAGAUUCUGCGUUUGUCAUUGGCUGAGAAGGCAACUCGGAGCUCACACAGUGAGGAAGUGAAGUCCCUUACAGAGCAACUUGCACAAGCCCAUCGACUCUCUGAAAUGUACCGGGAACAGUGCGUGACCCUGGAGGAUGAGCUUGGAAGGAUACGAGAGGAGGGAGACGUGGGGAGGGAAAUCUUCAAGGAACGUUCAGACAAGGUGGCCAAGCGCCUGCAGUUGAUGACCCAGAGAUAUGAAGCUCUGGAGAAAAGGCGCAACAUGGAGGUGGAGGGCUAUAAGACUGACAUCAAGCUGCUGAGACAGCGGUUAAAGGAUGUAGAAAAGCAACUCUUCAAGGUGACGCUGAACAUUGGGCCAGAUCAAGAUCUUGCAAUCCUGGACGCCGUGCGCCAGGGCAAUAAAAAGACACAGAAAAUUCAAGGGGAACUGCGCAAUUUAAAGGCCAAGAUUUAUGGCCUAGAGAAUGAGCUGAGGAUCGGAUAGAGCAAGGAAAACCAAACUGACCAACUUGCAGCAUUGAAUGAAAAGCCACAAGUAAAGGUUAGCCCUGGCUCUACAUCUACAGGAUUAUAUUAAGCGUUCAGCCAAGAAUAAAAGAAAUUAUUUGCAUAACUUGGAUCAUCUUAAAAGGGGACACUAUUGUGAAAACUUUGUGUGUGAGUGUGACAACCUUGUAUAAUGUACAUUAAAUAAUGUUUUUCAUUUUAUUUUGCUUAUUGGGAGAAGCUGUGACUUUCUGUUUAAUAAUAAUAAAAAAAAACU